CGAUGAUCGAAACAUUCACCUAUUCAUUAAUUCACUGCUUGCCCCAUAUUGUACCGAAUAUUGCCUUCAACUGACAGGAAUAAUCUCAGACUGAACUAUAUCCUCCUCUGCUCGCUCGAACUGGUAAUGAGUGGUACACGUUCCAGCUUUUGGGCAUGACACGAGGCCGACAGAUGCUCUGCAAAUUCGAGACGAGCAGUGUAAACUAACACUUGUAGAUUACAGUAAGCAAACUGCAGUCGUCCUGAACUGAUGCCGAUUUUGGAUUCCACAUUCAAUGCGAUGUGGUUAGAAGAGCUGCUCCGUAAUUACAAUGUUGGAGUUCAAAUGUAUGAAGAGAUUCCCAUAAAUUGAUCAGAAAUUGGUGCACGAUAUUCAUCCAUUUUAUUCUAAACUUGGAACUAGUUGUGGAAGAGCUCGACGUCUUCAGUAUUGGUUCCGAGUAUCCGAGUCCUUUCCAUUAUGCCACGGCUUCCCUGCUCUUGCUUUCCCUUAGGGUAUCAUAAUGUCAAGCACCGUAGCAAAACUAUCAAAGUGAAGCUACUCAUCAGAUGAUUUGCAAAGUCACGUGCACCCAGAUCGGAUUCAGUCGAUUUGGAGGUGAAAGUAAUGGAAGAGGUCUGUAAGCAGAACAAGUUCAGCCCCCUUCUAGCUUGGUGGUGAGAUAUUUUGCCAAAUUUGUCAGCCCGUCUGACAUCUCUAAACGUGAAGUGGGCUCCCAGCUUGGGCAACAUAUCAGAUCUCAUCAUGAUGAGUAGAGCCCCGGGAACUCCAUCUCCAGUACUCGGCAGCGGACCAGGAAGGAGAGGAAGCCCAACUCUUGCCUAAUCGUCUCCCUGCCAGUGGUUACAACUUAGUACAAUCAACUUAAUAUAUUCUUAUGCCUGUGUGUGGCCGAUGAUGGUCUUCAUGCCAUUGCAGGCAUUAUUUACAGAUUCUGGAGUGGUAUAAAAGAUGACUUUAGAUAAUGUUGCUUCGCACUUCUUCUCUAAUAAUUUUGUGUGCCAGAAGCAUCAGUAUACCAAGUCAAGAGAGCAAUGAACACAUCAAGUGGUGAACUGUAUCCACUGAAGAGAUUGUCCACUGCAAGUCUGAUCAUAAUCUUCUGCAGUACUCCGUCUGAAGUCAGAACACUGAGCUCAAAGAGUAUAAUCUCCAAAUUAAAAUGAGCUCUGCAUUCAGAACUAAAGUGAAGAGACAUGUAGGAAGAUUGUACGGAGGAGGGUUUUCUAUUCCAAGGGAGGAUCUCAUGCUCCACAUUUUCCAAAGCGAAGGCAAAAAUUCUCCACUUUUGGUAGGACUCAUCUAAACUCUGGUGCUGAGUGUACCAACACACCAAUUUUCCUUCGCAUCUAGUUUUGAGAGGACUCAAUUUAUCCCGCGGAUCAAACAAGUUUUCUGUCGACCUCGAUUCCCUCAAGAAGAUGCAGCAGCAGCAGCAGCUGAAGAAGAUUAACGGUACUUUCUCUGACCUCCCAGAGACGGUACUAGUCUCUGCAAGUAAUUUUCAUUCCAAUGGGCAGUGGAGAAUGAACUUUAGUGCAAACCUUAUCGGCUGUACGCGUGUGUCAUAUGACUUCAGCUCAUUCAACCCACCGAGUGAUUCUCCUCGAAAAGGUCAAGGAUGCAUGGAAACAUGGUCCAGCAGCAGCAGGAGGCGCUGUGAUGCUUACUACUACCGACCACUAACUCGAUGUUCAGAUUCAGAACCCGACCCAAAUGUGUACGAGACAUUAGACAGCAGGACUCUGCACCUUGAUGACCCUGACUGAUUUCAUUGCUGCGUCGGAGGAACAAGCCAGCUGAUAUGGAUUGUCGUUGGUUCUGCAUCCAAACAAUAUAUCCAAUCGACUCUUAGAUGUCUGGCAAAGGUACUGCACGAUUACAGUGGUUUGAAGACGUGAUGCAUUGCAAUAGUACCACACGAACUUUGGUUUUGGUACACCUGGUUCUUUAUUGCGCUCAUUGGGAUCGUGGUUCCGUUCGACAGUUGAUGAAAGAGCCAAAAUUCUCCCUACUGUAGAUCUGGCAAUUGUCGGUACUAGAUUGGCUUACAUUUUUGUCUAUCGAUAGGAAAUGCUCCACUGUGCAGUGCACUUUAUGAAGGUUUCUUUAUGAAAAUAACAUCUCUAAAUCAUUCACAUUGUUCUUAAGAAGAUGCUACGUGAAUCAUAUGAUCGUGAACCGGGUUCCAUAGAUCGAGGCAAGUGUGCAUUUUAC